AAAUUUGGUGAAACAGGAAAAAAGCAAAAAUGACAAAAUUACCCGAAACAGAGGAAGAAUUUCCAAUUCCCGCAAGUAAACGCCCAAAAUUAUCAAGUUGGGAUUUUUACCACAAAACUCUCGGCUCGCCCAAAUUCGUCGUUGCUCCAAUGGUUGAUGCUUCGGAAUGCGCUUGGCGUCUUCUUGGCUUGCGACAUUCAGCGGAUUUGUGUUACUCUCCCAUGUGGCAUAGCACGUGCUUCGUAAAAGACGAAAAAUAUCGCGCAAAUGCCUUACAAAGUUGCAAAGAAGAUCGUCCUUUGAUUAUUCAAUUUUGCGGUAAUGAUCCUCAAACACUUCUCGCUGCAGGUCUAUUAGCUCAAGAUCAUUGUGAUGCGAUCGAUAUUAAUUUGGGAUGUCCUCAGAGCAUCGCUUCACGAGGUCAUUACGGAGCUUUUUUGCAAGAUGAAUGGGAGUUAUUAGACAAAAUUGUAAGCACCCUUCAUCGAGAGCUUUCUGUGCCUGUAACUUGCAAAAUCCGUGUGUUUGAAUCAUUGGAAAAGACCAUCAAAUACGCUCAAAUGUUAGAAAAAGCAGGAGCUCAACUCUUAACUGUUCACGGAAGAACGCGGGAACAAAAAGGCGCGAACACAGGAUUAGCUAAUUGGGAGUAUAUCAAAGCUGUUCGAGAUAAUGUGAAAGUUCCUAUGUUCGCAAAUGGCAAUAUCCAAUGUUUGGAAGACGCUUAUCGCUGUAUCGAAGCAACAGGCGUUCAGGGCGUCAUGAGCGCCGAAGGUCAUUUAUACAAUCCCGCCAUAUUUGACGGCGUGAAUCCCGUUAGUUGGGACAUGGCGUUAGAAUAUCUCGACAUUUUAGAGGAAUAUCCCGCCCCUAAUGGAUAUAUCAGAGGACAUUUGUUCAAAAUUUUCCAUCAUUUGUUACAAAUUAAGGAAAAUUUGGAAAUUCGUAUGGAAUUAGCAGAAGCAAAUGAUUUAAAAGAAUUUCGAUCUGUAGUUGUCAAACUAAAGGAAAAGUAUCAAAAAUUCCAUGACGGAAUUGAAAUAUGGAAAAAUCCCGAUAGCCUUGAAGAAACGUACGAUUUGAAACUCCCGCCAUGGAUUUGUCAACCUUACGUUCGCCCCCCGUACAGCGAACAUUUACAAAAAUUAGCUGAAGCACAAAAACGAAGUGAAACGGAGAAACGGGAGUACUUUGACGAAGAUGGAAAUCAAAUCUCACGCAAAAAAUUAAAGAAACUCGAGAAAAAACAACGAAGAAAAGCGGGAAAAAUCCCUCAAGAAAAACCUCCAACUUGCUCAAACGAGACUUGUAACAACUUGAUGGGCACGAAAUGUGAAGUAAACAAACUUUGUCGCGCUUGUUGCAAAGAAAAAUGUGGCAACGAAGGUUUAGAUUGCCCCGGACACAAAAUUUUCAUCGCCACAAAUCGAGAAACGAAACGCGCGAAACUUGACCUUGAAAAUACUGAAUAAAAGUUUUCUAUUUUUGA